CCGCUAUUGUCCACAGCAGGCGAAGCCGGAAAAGCGUUUCUGAUUCCAUGUGUAGCUGCCCUACAGGGGAUUUCCUGCACGCAGGCAAGAUGCUCUCAGCAAUGCUGCUUGUCGCAAUCGCGCACAUGUAUGCUGUCGAGGGGUAGAGACGCAGCUGCUCGACCCGCAGAACUACUAUUGGCAUUGCUGUCGAUCCUGCGUUCUUUCAGUUCGUGCAGAGAACGAAAUGUUAUUGGUCUUGGUCUUUACUCAAUACACCGUCGCUGGGGGGUCACACUGGCAUACAGACGCAUCAAUGCGUCUUCCACGGAUGCAAAAUCUUCUGAAGCAUUCAGGGUCUUCAUUGCUUGUUUACGCCCCCACCUCAACUGUUCAUGGUUACGCUUCGGCAAACACAGCCUCCGUUUGCCUUUGCCGCAGCCUGUGUCUGUUGAUAGCGGCUCUUGAACGAUCCCCAGUACCGCACGUGCUGCUUUGUCGAGCAAGACCACUCCCACAAUGCGAAUUGUUACAAGCUACCAUAUUGUGCCUUUGUCACAGGCGAUAUGUAUUGUUUCUCUUUUUUUCGUGCCUAAACUCUUUUUAAUUGAAGAACGGGAUGACGUCAGUCAGUUCCGAACGGUGAUGCUCGGUGUCGAAGCAGCGGACAGCAGCUCAGGAGUACGAACCUCCGGACCGGGUUUGGCAGCACCACAAGCCGCUUCCGAAGCCACUGCUCCUCCUAACCAGGAGAGUCCCCCUGCUCGACCAAGACGUCAACCCCCCAGAGCGGUUAGGGCAGCACCACAAGCCGCUUCCGAAGCCACUGCUCCUCCUGACCAGGAGAGUCCCCCUGCUCGACCAAGACGUCAACCCCCCAGAGCGGUUAGGGCAGCACCACAAGCCGCUUCCGAAGCCACUGCUCCUCCUGACCAGGAGAGUCCCCCUGCUCGACCAAGUCGACGUGCUCUUCGUGAACGACGUCAUGCCCCCGUAGAGCAGACGGCAGCAGCACAAGGAGCUUCUGGAGGCAGGCGAGUUCCUGAUACUGGCCAUCUUGCUUCGUUGUCUGCACGACAGCACUCCCUUGGAGGUGCGGCGUCAGUCAGGUCGACAAGGAGUAACCCGGCAAGCAAUGUUGAAAGAUGGAGUAGAGGAUUGGCAUACGCGAGACGAACUCGUUUAGCUUACGGCCCCUACAGAGACAACCAAGACUCUCUCAUACAUUACCCACGUCGGGAAAAUCCUCGUCCUUGGAUGUUGGCUGCUGCCCGGGAAUUAGCGAGUUUGUUGCCGCCAGGCGAGAGAGACAGAUUCAUUGCAGGCGUCAAUGUGGAUGUACCCGGUACCGAAGAGCAGAGACAUGGUAUUUCUUUUCCCCAAGCAGAGAAUGUGUUACAGAAGAGGCUGCCUCUAAAGAAACGGCCUUCAUAUCGUCCUGUAGAGAGUCCUGCGGUUUCACAAGACCCCUCCACUUCACACUUGCCAGUCAUGGAGUUUCAACCUGGUGGUAGUCCACGAGGAGUGGUCGCGCCUGUUACCACCAGUCUUGACAGACAGCGCGGUGAAUCAGACCCUUCAAGUUCACAAAAGGGAGCCUCGCCUCCGUCGGCGGGGGUUGUAUCUGUAGGAGGCAUGACGUCGAGUCGACGCAGUCCUUCACCAGUGCGCUCGACGUUAUCUUACCCAUCUCCAUCUCUCGAUGUUCCUCGGACCGUCUCCGGAGAUGGUGCAUCAGGGCAGUUGAUGGAGACAAACAUCUCACCAGCUAGAAAGCCAAGUAGCAGGGCGAGACCAACUGUGAUAGUCAGGCCGUCAACAACAGUGAUCGAUGUGCCUGAUAUAAUUCAGUAAACGGUACCCGUCCUUAGUAAAAGUGCUAUGAUGUGAAUGCGUUUUUACGUUUGUUUGGAGAGUGCAGCUUCACGGAAGAAUCAAGGGGGACGCCCGGGUACCUGUGGAUCCUCGGGCUGGUGCCGUGUCUUAUCGUACCGUAGCGUACUCGAGUGAGUUAAUUGCUCCAAGGUAUGCCUCUUGAUUGCUGUUAAGGAAUGGAUGCAGCCAGUUCAUCAAGGAGAAUGUGAUGUUUGUUCACGUGUUUGAUGUAGUUCCCUUGGUGCAGUCCGACAAAGUGCAUGCCUCAUCUGCGGUAGUUCCGUCCUCUUCAUGUUGCUUGUCAGCAACUUGUCUUGUGAAUUUGGGAGCGCGAGUGUCUUGUACCGUUUCUUUCCGUACAUUCUUGUAUCCAGUAGAAUGACGACGUUGAUCGAGAGGCCAAUACUUUACCUCAAUGUGUGCAUGUCAUUAUGUGAUGAUACGCGUGGGCAAGCUGUGAUUCGCCGGCAGCAUUUCUGGCUUUCUGUUCUCAAUUUCGCACUUCAUGUCAUGGAAAUCGUGCGCAAAGAGUGUAUUUUCUUUUUCCAUGGCAGCCCACCUUUCCUGAUUAACCGAAUUCACGUCGUUUGAUGCCGCGAUUUAUUCUACGUAGCAUCACAGUCAUCAUUGAUUUGCUCGCAGUGCCCUGUCGCUAAGCAACAACAGGGAUUCGGCUAAAGGCGAAAUUGGCAUAUCUCAGACGGGCAUGAUUUCGUUUUCGGGCGUGCCAUGACCACUUUUCAACGACAGCAGAUUGCUGCGUCCGUGUCUGUUGAAUGGCUCAAGAUAGCGGUAGAGGCAGAUCCGUGUAAUGAGCGAAGAGAGCAGUGUGCUGCUGGAACGCGUGCGAGAGUGUGCAUCCAAGGACGGGAUUUCGUGUGCGUUUUGCUGACGCCCAUUUGGAAGCAUCGGACAUAGGUAUCAACGCGAGCGGACGGCAACACCCGAGAGGCAAUGAUUGGUUCUCACGUGACGGC